CACAAACAGUAGAUACUCACAACCAACUCGACCACCUCCACAGCACAAUGACCGCCAAGGUGCUCCUCCUCGUGGCACUGGUGGCAGCCACCGCCGCCGAAGGACCGAUUCACGAUCACGAUGAUCCCUACGAAUCCCCCAGGUCCCAUGAGUCCUACGAGUCCGAGGAGCCCCGAUAUGCUUAUAAUUACAACGUCAAGGAUGAUUACGGCAACGACUUCGGUCACGAAGAGAAACGUGACGGCGAUCUCACUGAAGGAUUCUACUACAACCACCUGCCGGACGGCCGCCGGCAGAAGAUCAAGUACGUGGUGGACGGCUAUUCUGGCUACGUGGCCGACGUCAGCUACGAGGGCGAGGCUCACUACGACUCUGGCUCCUACGAGUCCCAAGGAUACCGAAGACCAGUCUACCGAGCAGGCUCUCAUGAUUCGGGCGAGUCCAGGUUCGGUUUUGGUUCUGGUGGAUCAGACGAGUCCAGAUUCAGUUUUGGUUCCCGAGGUUCUGACGAAUCCCGCUCCAACUCGCGGUCCCGUGAGUCAGAUGAAUCUAGGUUUGGUUCUGGUGGAUCAGAUGAGUCCCGCUUCAACUCACGCUCUCGUGAGUCCCGUGAGUCAGGUGAGUCCAGGCUUGGAUUUGGUCGCCGCGGAUCCGAUGAGUCCAGAUUCAACUCGGACUCUCGUGAGUUAGGUGAGUCCAGGUUUGGAUUUGGUCGCCGCGGAUCCGAUGAGUCCAGAUUCAACUCGGACUCUCGUGAGUCAGGUGAGUCCAGGUUUGGAUUUGGUCGCCGCGGAUCCGAUGAGUCCAGAUUCAACUCGGACUCUCGUGAGUCAGGUGAGUCCAGGUUUGGAUUUCGUCGCCGCGGAUCCGAUGAGUCCAGAUUCAACUCGGACUCUCGUGAGUCAGGUGAGUCCAGGUUUGGAUUUCGUCGCCGUGGAUCCGAUGAGUCCAGAUUCAACUCGGACUCUCGUGAGUCAGGGGAGUCCAGGUUUGGAUUCGGUCGCCGAGGAUCUGACGAGUCCCGCUUCAACUCAGGCUCCCGUGAGUCUGAUGAGUCUGGUAGCAGCUACGGGUCUGGUGGGUCAGGUGAGUCACGGUCUCGGGAAGGCUCGGGAGAGUUCCGACGAUUCCGUUCAGGCAGAAGGUCUGGUGAAGGUUUCUUCCUGGACAGCUACCAGCCACAGAUCCUCUACAGUCCUGCCUAUGACAUUCGUAAGUAACGCGGGAACCCGCCAGUGAUGUCACCUUGACCAGUACUUGUCAUAUCAUCCGUCGCAACCAGCAUGUCACUGCACGAGUAUCUGGCUCCUCGCCCUUCAUCUGCUUGUAUCCUUCAUGCCUUGCACCACUUACGAAAAAGAACAACACUACGCAUCUGUAAGCACACUGUUCGACAAAUGUGUUCAUCGGUAUCAUUGGUUGUCAUCUGUGUAAUGAAGAUGUACGAUUGUGAUAAACAUGCAAAAAAAAAAAAAAAAAAAAAAAAAACUUUAAUUUUCCGCUGACCUUAAAAACAAUGAAAACUCGAUAAACAGCGAACAAAAA